CUCUUACCGGUGACUCGCUGACUCCCUCUACAGCUCCCUAUCUAUCUCUCACACACUCUCGCUCUCCCUCACUCUCCCUCGCAGGCUUUCUCCUCGUGUCAUGCUUUAUAAGGCAGGGAUCAGCGUGAGCAUGAGUGAGCGUGUGUGAGCUCUGUCUUUGCUGCAGCAUCCUGGGUCUCUGUGUGGAGGAGAGGAGUUCCUGCUACUCUCCCAGCAAAGAGCACUCUAGGUGGGGGAACAUCGUGGCCAGAGGGGGGGUUCUCUUGAACAGAAACAGUACAGUCCCAGGACAGAACGGACAGACAGAGACGCGUGGUGACUGGAGAGGAACAAAAUAAGAGAUCAAGAGGAGAGGAGCGUAUUGCUGCCUCUCAGGCUUUUGUGUUGUGAGAAACUAAGAAAGAAAAGAGGGGAGGAUAGGAGGGAGGGGGGCACACUCCUGAGGUACAGGGAUCCCAGGAGGUUUCAGCAGGGGGGAGAGGGCUGUACAGGAGGGGUGUGUCAAAGCUGAAGAGGAGGGGGUCUUCUCUGCUCAUCAAAGACAAGAAGGACAGAAGGAGAGGAAGAAAAAUAAGUGAAGAGUGAAGGAGAGAUAACGGUUUCGCCUCAGCGUCAGGAGUUGAAGAGGGUCUCGAGGGGGUCAUGGUGAGAACGAAGAGGGAGAGGGUCAGCUGAGAAAAAGGAGAGUAGAAACAACAAACAGAAGGUAAGGACAAAGGGAUGUGUGCUCACUGACUGAAGACUUGGUUUCUGAGGAAGAAGAAGAGGAGGAGAGGUCUCUCUCGUUGAGGCGUCUGGUCGUUUUCCCUGGUGAACUUCAGUCAGUCUACAGGACCCCAUCAUGGCCGUCCAACUCAUGCCCGAAUCAGCUGUCUGUUUGCUUAUGAUGACAGAGGGGCGGCGAUGUCAGGUCCAUCUCCUGGACGACAGGAAGCUGGAGCUCCUCGUACAGCCCAAACUGAUGGCCAAGGACCUGUUGGAUCUGGUGGCCUCCCACUUCAACCUGAAGGAGAAGGAAUACUUUGGCAUCUCCUACACAGAUGAAACGGGUCAUUUCAGCUGGCUGCAGUUGGACCGAAGGGUUCUGGAACACGAGUUCCCCAAGAAGUCUGGACCCAUCGUACUGUACUUCUGUGUCAGGUUUUACAUAGAGAGUAUUUCCUACCUGAAGGACAAUGCUACUAUCGAACUCUUCUUCCUCAAUGCUAAGUCCUGCAUAUACAAGGAGCUCAUUGAGGUGGACAGUGAGGUGGUUUUUGAGCUGGCCUCCUAUAUACUACAGGAGGCUAAAGGUGACUUCACCAGUAACGACGUGACGAGGUCAGACCUGAAGAAGCUUCCAGCUCUGCCGACUCAGGCCCUGAAGGAACACCCAUCUCUGGCAUACUGUGAGGACCGGGUGAUAGAACACUACAAGAAGCUGAAUGGACAGUCCAGAGGCCAGGCCAUAGUCAAUUAUAUGAGCAUCGUUGAGUCUCUGCCUACAUAUGGAGUACAUUACUACACUGUUAAGGAUAAACAGGGCAUCCCGUGGUGGCUGGGCCUGAGUUAUAAAGGAAUCUUCCAGUAUGACUACCAGGACAAGGUCAAGCCCAGGAAGGUGUUCCAAUGGCGUCAGCUGGAGAACCUCUACUUCAGAGAGAAGAAGUUCUCAGUGGAAGUUCAUGACCCCAGGAGUAGGGCGUCGGUGACCAGAAGGACGUUUGGCCACAGUGGUAUUGCUGUCCACACCUGGUACGCCUGCCCUGCUCUCAUUAAGUCUAUCUGGGCCAUGGCCAUCAGCCAACACCAGUUCUACCUGGACCGCAAGCAGAGCAAGUCUAAGAUCCAUGCGGCUCGUAGUCUCAGUGAGAUAGCCAUCGACCUGACAGAGACUGGCACUCUGAAGACAUCUAAACUGGCCAACAUGGGCAGCAAGGGCAAGAUCAUCAGCGGCAGCUCUGGCAGUCUGCUCUCCUCAGGUUCCCAGGAGUCGGACAGUUCUCAGACAGCUAAGAAAGACAUGCUGGCAGCACUGAGGGCCAGGCAGGAGGCUCUGGAAGAGACACUCAAACAGAGACUAGAGGACCUCAAGAACAUCUGUAUCAGAGAGGCGGAGUUGACAGGGAAGCUUCCUAAGGAGUAUCCAUUAGAUCCAGGGGAGGAGCCUCCGACAGUCAGGAGGAAGAUUGGCCCUGCCUUCAAACUGGACGAACACAAGAUCAAGCCGAAAAGAGAGGAGGAAGAGCUAGAGCGUCUAGAGAGGGAGUUUGCCAUCCAAUCACAGAUCACAGAGGCUGCGAGGCGGUUGGCCGGCGAUCCGCACGUGAGCAGUAAGAAGCUGAGGAAACAGAGGAAGACGUCGUACCUGAACGCACUGAGGAAACUCCAGGAGAUAGAGAACGCCAUCAACGAACACCGUGUCCGCUCUGGGAAGAAACCCACGCAACGCGCUUCGCUUAUCAUAGAGGGUGAGACUACACACAUGCUGAGAGAAUCGCUUAUACGAACCACAGCGCGUAACAAACAGGAGGCCAACAUCGGCUCAGAGGACAGCUCUCUGUCAGACGCUCUGGUCCUUGAUGACGACGACCCCCAGGUGACAGGGACCCCGACCUUCUCUCCGGCAGCAUCUCCACAAAAGGGCCUCCCUCCCCGGCCUCCCUCCCACAGCCGGCCCCCUCCUCCCCAGUCCCUAGAAGGCCUUAGACACCUGCACUACUCUCGCUCCGAAUACGACAAGUCCCCCAUCAAACCCAAGAUGUGGAGCGAGUCCUCGCUGGACGAACCCUACGAGAGGGUAAAAAAACGCUCCUCACACUCCAGUCACAGGCGGUUCCCCAGCUCUGGUACUUGUGGGGAGGCAGGAGGCAGUAACUCUCUGCAGAGUAGCCCCAUCAGGAGCCUUCCUCACUUGAGCGCCCAGUCCAGCAUGCCCUCUACCCCUGACCUGAGGACCAGGACCCCUCAAUAUGUACACUCCACCAGGUCUGUGGACAUCAGUCCCACCCGUCUGCACAGUCUGGUUCAGCACUUUAGGAACCGCAGCUCCAGCCUGGAAUCUCAGGGCAAGCUACUGGCCUCUGACCCCGACACACACACUCACACCGACACCCUGGGAGCCCUGGGCAGCCCUGACUUCUUCCUGGCCCCAGGGACACGCAGCUCCAACGGCUCGGACCCGCUGGAUGACUGUUCGUCCUGUACUUCCCAGAGCAGCUCAGAACACUACUACCCUGGGGUAGCUCCGGGCUCCAACCCUAACUACUCCACCCUGGGAGAGGACUCCCCCUCCAAAGCCAGGCAGAGACAGAGGCAGAGGCACAGGUCUGCAGGUCACCUUGGUUCCUCUAACUCUGGCUCCAUGCCCAACCUUGCAGCCAAGAACGGAUCAGGGGGCGGUGGUACGGGGGGAGCAGGGACUGGGUCAGGGCAGCACGGGGUGUACCUCCACAGCCAGAGCCAGCCCUCGUCCCAGUACCGGAUUAAAGAGUACCCCCUGUACGUAGAGGGCAGCCCCAACCCGGUGGUGGUGCGCAGCCUGGAGAGUGACCAGGAGGGCCACUACAGCGUCAAGGCCCAGUUCAAAACCUCCAGCUCCUACACAGCCGGGGGGCUCUACAAGGAGACCUGGGGGGGUGAGGAGGGGGGAGAGGGGAGUGGCAGACUCACCCCGUCCCGCUCCCAGAUUGUACGGACUCCCUCACUGGGGCGAGAGGGGGGAGGAGGGGGGAGGGCGGUGGUGUCGGACGAGCUGAGGUGUUGGUACCAGCGCUCAUCGGGCAGUCUAAAGGAGAGGAGUCACUGUGGCUCCAAUGCGUCAGACAGCGGCUCGUUGCAAGGCACUCUGGGACACGGACGAGGCAACAGGGUGGGGACGCUCGCCAAGGGAUCGCCAGCAGCUUCCCCUCACAGCCAGAGGAGUGUGACUCCCUCCAGUGAACAGGCUGCCACCCCCAUACCCCCCUGCAGCCCACAACACAUCCUCAACUGGCAGAGCGGCGGUACAGCAGACAGCUCUCCUACUGAAGACGUGUGUCAGUCACCCCCUCAGCCCAGCUCUGAAGCAUAGAGGUACUGUCUGUCUGCCAGGACUCUGCCAGAACACAGACCUAGAAACACAACAGAUAGACCAGCGAACAACAGAAAAACAAUGUAGAACCAUAGACCAUAGAACCAAUCCUGUGUGAACACUUAGAAACACACCCCAUAGAAUGAGUCCUGACACAAAGACAUAGAAACCUGAACUAGCUAAGGGACGUAGAAAUAGAUCCGCUUGACUAGAUACAGUGCCUUGCAGAAGUAUUCACCCCCUUUGGCAUUUUUCCUAUUUUGUUGCAUUACAACCUAUAAUUUAAAUUGAUUUUUAUUUGGAUUUCAUGUAAUGGACAUACACAAAAUAGCCCAAAUUGGUGAAGUGAAAUGAAGAAAAUAACGUGUUUCAAAAAAUCGAAUUAAAAUAAAAACGGAAAAGUGGUGCGUGCAUAUGUAUUCACCCCUUUGCUAUGAAACCCCUAAAUAAGAUCUGGUGCAACCAAUUACCUUCAGAAGUCACAUAAUGAUUUAUAUAAAGUCCACUUGUGUGCAAUCUAAGUGUCACAUGAUCUGUCACAUGAUCUCAGCAUAUAUACACCUGUUCUGAAAGGCCCCAGAGUCUGCAACACCACUAAGCAAGGGGCUCCACCAAGUAAGCGGCACCAUGAAGACCAAGGAGCUCUCCAAACAGGUCAGGGACAAAGUUGUGGAGAAGUACAGAUCAGGGUUGGGUUAUAAGAAAAUAUCCGAAACUUUGAACAUCCCACGGAGCACCAUUAAAUCCAUUAUUAAAAAAUGGAAAGAAUAUGGCACCACAACAAAUCUGCCAAGAGAGGGCCGCCCACCAAAACUCAUGGACCUGGCAAGGAGGGAAUUAAUCAGAGAAGCAACAAAGAGACCAAAGAUAACCCUGAAGGAGCUGCAAAGCUCCACAGAGGGGAUUGGAGUAUCUGUCCAUUGGACCACUUUAAGCUGUACACUCCACAGAGCUGGGCUUUACGGAAGAGUGGCCAAAAACAAUAAGCAAACAUGUUUGGUGUUCGCCAAAAGGCAUGUGGGAGACUCCCCAUGUGGGGGACUUUGGCCAUCAAGGAAAACUCUAUGUCUAGAGCAAACCCAACACCUCUCAUCACCCCGAGAACACCAUCCCCACAGUGAAGCAUGGUGGUGGCAGCAUCAUGCUGUGGGGAUGUUUUUCAUCGACAGGAACUAGGAAACUGGUCAGAAUUUAAGGAAUGAUGGAGGGUGCUAAAUACAGGGAAAUUCUUGAGGGAAACCUGUUUCAGUCUUCCAGAGAUUUGAGACUGGGACGGAGGUUCACCUUCCAGCAGGACAAUGACCUGAAGCAUACUACUAAAGUAACACGCGAGUGGUUUAAGGGAAAACAUUUCAUGUCUUGGAAUGGCCUAGUCAAAGCCCAGACCUCAAUCCAAUUGAGAAUUUGUGGUAUGACUUAAAGAUUGCUGUACACCAGCGGAACCCAUCCAACUUAAAGGAGCUGGAGCGGUUUUGCCUUGAGGAAUGGGCAAAAAUCCCAGUGGCUAGAUGUGCCAAGC